UUAAUAAAACCCCCCCAAAACCCUAGUCUUUGUUUUGUUCUCUUCCCCUGUCGGGUGUAGGGUUUUAGUUGGACUACCCUCGCGAGCAGAGAGGCACGCCAGAAAAGGGAGAGGUGAGCCGCGAGCGAUGGGCGGGGACAAGGGAAAGAAGGUGAAAGGGGACGACGAGAACUCGGAGCAAAUCGAUGGGGAGCUCGUUCUGUCCAUUGAGAAGCUCCAAGAAAUCCAGGAUGAGCUUGAAAAGAUCAAUGAGGAGGCCAGUGACAAAGUUUUGGAGAUAGACCAGAAGUAUAACGAAAUCCGCAAACCAGUGUAUGAUAAGCGCAAUGACAUCAUACAGGCGAUCCCUGAUUUCUGGCUAACUGCUUUCCUUAGUCAUCCAAUGCUUGGUGAACUUUUGACGGAUGAGGAUCAAAAGAUAUUUAAGUACCUCGACUCCCUGGAUGUGGAGGAUUCGAAGGAUGUUAAAUCGGGAUAUUCCAUCACCUUCAACUUCCGGCCAAAUCCUUUCUUUGACGAUUCAAAGCUUACAAAGACUUACACUUUCCUCGAUGAAGGAACUAAAAUAACUGCCACGUCAAUUAAGUGGAAAGAAGGCAUGGGGUUGCCAAAUGGAGUCGCCCGUGAGAAGAAAGGGAACAAAAGACCUUUGUCAGAUGAAAGCUUCUUCCAUUGGUUCAGUGAUGCUCAGCAUAAAGAAGAUGUUAUCGAUGAAAUCCAUGAUGAGAUUGCGGACAUUAUUAAGGAGGAUUUGUGGGCAAAUCCUCUUACUUAUUUUAACAAUGAUGCUGAUGAAGAUGAUGAAGAGGGAAAAGAUGAUGAUGGCUCAGAAGAUGAUGAGGAAGAUGAUGACGACAAUGACGAAGAAGAAGACAGCGAUGAGGAAGAUGGCCAGUGAACUCUUCUCAGAGCUUGUACUUCUUGAUUACUAGUGUCCAGAUAUGUAUAGAGGGAUCUUAAGAUUAUGCUGAAUUUGAUAGGGAAGAAGCACGAUACAUGUAUUCACUUUAAUGUUAGGGUACUCUAUCGUGCCCCAAUAUCUGUUAUGCACAAGAGUUUGCUGGUAUUGUUAGUUGAGACUUUGUGGUUCUCUUUCUACUCUUUGGUUUUUCCGACCUUUUUUUGUUUGAUAGGCUAGCACUAUUUAAGUCCCUGAACUAUCAUCGUGGAGGUGAUGAUGUUAUGCCAGCAAACCAUAUUUUACGGUACUAGUGAGGGACGAGAAAUUCUGAGAUUGAUGUAAAGAUGUUCUGAGAGCCAAACAUGAUAUGUGCAGAAUAUUUGGU